AUGGUUGCUGAACCAGUCCAGGCAACUGUUCAAGUCCUAAAUAGAGUGAUCAAUGACACUAGUGCUUUUAUCAACAAACAGCUGGAGAAGCUCCAAAACUCAGAUCUGUUGAGCAAAAUUUUUCAUCACGAAUCUGGCUUGGAUGUACCGCCACCGCCUUCACCCCCACCAUCACACAUUGAGUCACUUUUCAAUCGUGCUACGGAUAAUAUCACCAGAAACAAGGUCGCUUAUUUAUCGGUGAUAGGGGUGGGGCUUGGGUAUGCCUGGUAUCAUGUUCAAAAUAAACUUCAAAAACAUAGUCUUGAACGAGUCAAUCGGAGAGUACCGAAACUACCCAAUGGUGCACGAACAGAUGCAGUGUUUAUAUUUGGGUCCUUUACAGAUCACCUUACGAGACUCCUCGCGUACGAUUUAGAAAAGAGGGGAUUUACAGUCUUUUGCGCCAUCUUGGAUUCCACUGAUGUGCAAUACAUCAAAUCAAAUAAGGUUAGCGAGGAGAUCAGAUUCGUGGACUUCACUAUACAAUCCAUCGAGAAUGCCGUUAGUGAGCUCAAUGACAUUUUGAAAACUGCAGUCGUGCCAUUUUCUGGCGCCGAGCCGCAUUUUCUUUGUCUUCAAUCAAUCAUUUUUGCACCUAGUUGGCAUUUUCCCGUGGGUCCAAUAGAAAAUACUAGUAUUGGUACUUGGAAGAAACUAACUACCCGUAUUCUGAUGGUUAUGGAAGUACUCACCAGUGGGUUGUUGCAUAUUGCAAGAAACCAGAGUUCCAAAUUUAUUCUAUUAAAUAGUAGUAUUGGUUCAUUGGAUCUUCCAUAUCAUGCACCGGAAUCUAUAUUCCAAAAUACACUUGGUCAUUUGUUUACAAUUUUAGAUCGUGAGUUGCAACAAUAUGGGAUGUCAGCUACUCAGAUCAUAGUGGGUAAUCUCAGAGUUUCGAAUCAGAAAAUCAACUCGGUUACUAGAGUAGAGAGCUUGGUCAACACCGAGACAAGAGCGUGGACGUCCGAAAUGAGAGACUUGUAUGGUUCAGAUUUUGCAAAAAUCCAACUUAAAAGUAGCACAAUAAGGGGAAGUGGUGGCGACGGCACCCCAAUUAAAGAUUUGUUUCAUUUGAUAUUUGACGUCAUAUAUGCCAAGCACAGUACACCGGUAGAAUUCUGUGGCAAAGGCGCUCGGUUAAAGAAUUUUCUAACAACACUACGAAAACAAGCCCACUCCAGGAGCUCUUCGGUAACUUUCCCCGAUGGAACUGUUCCCGAAGAGUACGGACUACCGCCAAUUGAUAAAGCCACCGAUGUUGAUUCUUUGCAAAGGUUUGAGGUGAUACGAUACUUGGAAGCAUUCAAUGUAUCUCAUACUGAUAAGCUAAAAGAGCACGAGUUACGAAGAGUUUUAAAAGAGACGCUAAGUGUAUCCAUAUAG